GGUCAUAGGCGUUGAUCUUUUUUCUGGUUGCUUUAGAGACAAGCAACAUUUUGACAUCCAGGAAGAGAAGCAGCUUACAAAGCCAACACCUUCAGGAAGACAUAUAUAUUUAGACUUUUCCAACAUUUUGCACGUCUUUCCUCCACCAAACAGUGACGAUGGCAUCAGGUAGUUCUGUCCUGAUCCUGGGUAUUUUUAUGGCUUCUGCUAUAGCACAAGACAUAACAAAGUCAUUCAACAGCCAAAUGUCUAACAGUAAUUCAACCGCUACUGAGAUGUAUCUUAGAAGUACCAUACCCUUCAGCACCACCUUCAUCAACCUCAUGAGCAGCUCCAUCAGCAGCACACCAUCAACUACACAAACAAAAGGUCAAGAAACCACUCGAAAAGCUGAGGUGAUAACCACGCCAAGGCCUUCAACCUCACCUAAACCCUUGACUCCUGUACCUACCAGCUUGCCUACACAGAACAAAAGAGCUACCACUGUCAAACCAGAAACCUCAAGAAGCGGUGGCAACACAGGCAUCAUCAUCAUCAUCGUGCUGAUGAUUAUUGCAGCCAUUGUGUUUGUACUUGUCUGCUACUUUGCACGCAAAAGAGGAAGGCGCUACUCUGUUGACUUUGCUUCCAGACCAGAUGAAGCAAACAUCCCUCUGAGCGCCAUAGAGCCUGAAGUGCCUGCAGGCGCUGCACCACAGAACGGCUUACAGACAUUUGAGAAUGCAGACACAACUACAAAAGCUGCAGAAGAAUCAGAGGCGGCACCAGUAGCAAAGGAGGAAGAGAAAGCUGAAGCUGAUAAAUCUGCUGCUGAGGCUGCAGUGCCACCUUCGCCUGCAGAUGGCCCAGGGGACGCUGGGGAAGAAGACAAUUUAGACAAGACUCACGCACCUGCGGAGGAAAAUCUGGGGGAGAAAACUGAUGAUGAAGGCAUGGUGUCCAAUAAAACAUCUGUAGAAUCCCUGAAGGAGUCAGAUGGCAACAAUGCUGUAAAAGAUUGAAGUGGCCUAGAGAGAAAUGGAGGACUGUGUUGACAUCAUGUGAUCAAUUUAAAUGACCUCCUUGUUGAAGAGUAAUCUGGUAUCGUCGAUGGGCUUUUUACAUUAACUACUUGUAUCAGUUGUGCUCAGGUUUUUCUUUCAUAUUUUCAAAACAU